GAUAACUAUACAAUACAUAAAUUUCUUUACUUUAAUAAACAAAUAUGGAAACCAAUUAUAAACACAAAUACUUGGAAUUUAAAGAAAGAAAUGAGCAGCAAUUACUAGAAAUAAGAAAAAUUGAAUCGCAAAUCGCUAAAGUGCAACAUCAAAUUGACAGUAAACGAAAAUCGAUAUUAAGGAUAAAAGAAACUGAGUCUUAUUACGGCAAACUGUUACAUGAACAUAAAAUAAAGUAUCAAAAGAAAACUAUUAAUAAAGAAAUAACGUCAGAUCUUGCUACAGUAGAGGAACCUGUUUUUUAUACAGGUAAACGUGAUCUCCUUCAGGUUUUAUCAGCUACACCUGAGGUAAUCCUUAAAAAGAUAAUAGCUUUGAUUGAACAACAAUACAGUACACAAAAUUUAGCCUCUUCAGAAGAAAUUACUCAGAUCAAAAUUCUUCUUGAUCGAUUAUCUGAUGAGCAUAGCACAUUUUGGAACAAAUAUAUUGAUGAAUGGAUCAAAGAAAUGAAAGAAGUUACUGUAAUUGAUAAAGACGAAAUCAAAAAUAUGAAAAAAGAAUUGGAGCUUGAAACAAGAGAGGCAGAAAUGAAUAUUGUUCGACGUAUUAAAGAACUUCAUUCAGAUCCUAAUGUUCAAGCAGCAUUAAUAAAGAAUAUUAGAAUAAAAGCAGCAAAUCAGCAAGCUAAUGUUGAAUUACAAUCAACAAUCAAUCAAAUUGAAGAUAUAAAAAAAAGUAUUGAUUUGGCGAAGAAAAGCCUUAAUAUGGAUACAUUAAAGGCUCAUAUUGAUAACUUGCUGAAUGAUUUAGAUAAAAGACAAUCAGAAGUGCAAUCUUUAUUGGCGACGAAUGACGAGUUUCGUAAGGUUUUAAUCAAAAAAAGUCUUCAGCGGCAAGAAGAGGCUCAAAGUGACUCAAAGGAGCUAAUUGAUAGAAUUAAAAAAAUCAAAUCAAAUGUUCAUAUUAAAACUUCAAGUUCAAGUUCAACUUCAGCAAAUCAGUCUAUUAUUAGCGAUACUUUAGGCGAUAUUUGUAAUCUUAUUAAUCCUUAUUCUUCAAUAUCAAUAAAUCAAGCUCUUUUAGAAAUUUCAAAUACAAUAGAUUUAGUAAAUGAUUUGUCAAAGGAAAAUGUAUCAGAAAUAUGUGUAGAUAUUAGACUAAAAUUAGAAAACUUAUUCAACAAAUGGUGUCUUUUGCUUGAAAAACAAAAUAUUUCUGUACCAGAAGAUGUAGCUGAAAAUCAUGAUGGCAUUGAUAAAAUAAUACAAUCUGUAGAUGCAUUACGAAUGCAUAUUCAAAAUGAAGAGCAAAAUUAUAUACAAAAACAGGAGCACAUAAUAGAGGCUAAAUUGAGUGAAGCUGAUGAAAUACAGGAAGAAAUCAAGCAUACAAAAGAGUCAUUAAAAGAAAGGGAAUUACUGAAGCAUAUUGGUAGCAAUUAUAUACUUCAAUCUAAAAAUUUUAAUCAAUGGCUGCAAGCACUUCAAAUAAAAGAUAACAAGUAUACAUAGUUGAAAAUAUUCUUUAAUCAAAAAUGCUACCGCCUUUAAUUUCGGCUUUAUCUUUUCUUUUUCCUUUAUGUUUAAGAUUAUUCCUACGAGCACCUCUAUUGUUUUGUCUAUUUGAUUGACUCUUAAGGCUGCGUGCAACUCUGUCUUUAACUUCUUCUUCUUUCGACUUCUUCACUGAUUUUUUAACUUUUACAUCGCGGAACGCUUUGAAAUCACGAUUAUUUAAUUUUUCAAUCUUUUCACUUCGUUUUGCUAAUUCUGCUUCUUCAUUUAACUCUUCACUAUUGGAGGAUUCAUA